AUGCAGGCACGGUCCCUGACCGAAGGGUCGCACAGCACGGAGCCACGCUAUUGGCCAAGGCGGCUCUCGGCGGCGCACCCGCACGCGCUGCACUCGCUCGCCGUCAUCCACUUCAACGGCAGCGGCGGCACGCGCCACGACCGCGACCUCGUGGCGGGGGUUCUGCUCUGCGCGCGCGCCGCGGCCGCGGGACACGUGGAGGCGCUUCGGGAACUGGGGCACUGCCUACAGGACGGGUACGGCGUGCAGCGGGACGUUCCCGAGGGCCGCCGGAUGCUGCAGGAGGCGAACGUUCGCGAGGCGGCGCGCGCGCUUGCCUGCUCCGUGGCGGUGCCUCGGUGUGUUGCUCCGCUAGUAUUAGCCCCGCGGGGCGCUGCGUCGCAAUGCGGGACGAGCGGGACGUCUAAUUGCAGUGACGUGCAAGCUUCUCCCGCCGCUCUUCCAGUGGCUUCAGCUGGCACUGGCUCUUUCGGUUCAAAUGAAAACUGUGCACUGGGUGCGCAAGAGGGUAGCACGAAGGGCGAGGUGCACGCGUCAAGACCUCGUGUGCUGAUGCGUGCUGCUGCGAUUCCAAGCACGUUUGCACGCGAGCACGCGUGUAGCACGGGUUCCUGGAGCCAAGGUUGGACCAAUGACGCACCUGGCGUGUCUGGCGCAUCGCUCCAAGGGGAGGUUGUACCCCACCGUGCCUCCUCGGGUUCAAGAGUCGACUUGAGCGUGCUGCAGAACCUUCAAAGCGGCGAGAACGUGGCGAGAGGAAGCGAAACGCACGCAGAACCACCAGUUAUAUCCGAGGGUGAUGGGCAGUUUCCUCUGCAGCAGUCUGGGUUGCAGCAGCCGCAGAACCACCAGUUAGAUCGCCAGUCCCAGCACGCGCAUCAGUCUAGAAUCCAGCACUCAGAAGCACAAGUACUUGGACACGGUACCCAAGCCCCUGUUGGUGCAGAUGCAAGUGAAACUUUGCCCCACGCAGAGAGGCCUCCCGUGGCCAUGUGCACGGGGUCUAGCGGUCCCCACCGCUGCUGCUGCCUGCCACAUGUCACCCUGCCGCCCUCCUGGUGGCAUGUUGCUGUGCAUAAGUUCCUGGUGGACUGGCAUGUGCUCGUGCCGCUCCCUGAGGGAUUCAGAGUGUGCUGCAAUGAGCUGUGCGGGCGAUCGGAGACAAGGAAGCAGGAGUUCCGGUGCUGCUCUGCGUGCGGGGAGGCUAAGUAUUGCAGCCGCGUGUGCCAGGCGGUUGACUGGAAGGCCCGGCAUAAGGUGGUGUGCCCGCUUAUUGCUGCUAGGGUGCAGCAGGAGCAGGAAGUAGCGGCACGUGUGGAUUUGCUAAGACAGCAGGCACAGGGCCAGCAGGAAGAGGAUCGGCAUCGGUCUCUGCAGCAACUUUACCAGAUGCAACGACACGAUGAGAUUCUCACAUGCAUACUGGAGAAGGUGGUAGCUUGCGCCAACUCUUCCGCUGACGUCGUCAACGUCCUCCUCACCACGGAGCCACGCUAUUGGCCAAGGCGGCUCUCGGCGGCGCACCCGCACGCGCUGCACUCGCUCGCCGUCAUCCACUUCAACGGCAGCGGCGGCACGCGCCACGACCGCGACCUCGUGGCGGGGGUUCUGCUCUGCGCGCGCGCCGCGGCCGCGGGACACGUGGAGGCGCUUCGGGAACUGGGGCACUGCCUACAGGACGGGUACGGCGUGCAGCGGGACGUUCCCGAGGGCCGCCGGAUGCUGCAGGAGGCGAACGUUCGCGAGGCGGCGCGCGCGCUUGCCUGCUCCGUGGCGGUGCCUCGGUGUGUUGCUCCGCUAGUAUUAGCCCCGCGGGGCGCUGCGUCGCAAUGCGGGACGAGCGGGACGUCUAAUUGCAGUGACGUGCAAGCUUCUCCCGCCGCUCUUCCAGUGGCUUCAGCUGGCACUGGCUCUUUCGGUUCAAAUGAAAACUGUGCACUGGGUGCGCAAGAGGGUAGCACGAAGGGCGAGGUGCACGCGUCAAGACCUCGUGUGCUGAUGCGUGCUGCUGCGAUUCCAAGCACGUUUGCACGCGAGCACGCGUGUAGCACGGGUUCCUGGAGCCAAGCGGUCCCCACCGCUGCUGCUGCCUGCCACAUGUCACCCUGCCGCCCUCCUGGUGGCAUGUUGCUGUGCAUAACUGUGCGGGCGAUCGGAGACAAGGAAGCAGGAGUUCCGGUGCUGCUCUGCGUGCGGGGAGGCUAA